AAUUCCCUGCUCACGGUUUUUACGUCGUUUAGACGAGGAGAAUUCAGAGAAACUUUCCCCCUUAAAACAGUCUCUCCUGCGCACUCUGAUGAAGCUGAAGACGACUGGAAAGUUGAAACUGUUUCAGAGCCAUCUGAGUCAGGUUUGCCCAGAAUGCUUACAUAGUCUUCCUGAAGAUCCUUCUGUACUGGAUAUGCACCCAGAAUGCACUGAGAGAGGGCAGGAGGAUCCUGAGGCCCUGUACAUAGUUGAGAAGAUGCUGGAGACCUGUGGCAUUGAGGGGUCUCUGAAGAUCACACUCCAUAUCCUGAGGAACAUGAAGAAGAAGGAUGUCACUGACCCACUGGAGAGAGAUGAGCAGCACAAUGAAUUCAAAGAAAGAGCCCAGCAGGCACUGAAAACUCAUCUGAAGAAGAGGUUUGAAUGCAUAUUUGAAGUUUUAGCAAAGCAGGGCCACCAAACCCUCCUCAAUGAGAUCUAUACAGAGCUCUACAUCACUGAGGGGGGAAGUAGGGGGGUCAAUGAUGAACAUGAGAUCAGACAGAUUGAGAUAGCAUGGAAGAAACAAACCACACAUGAGACUGCAAUCAUCUGCAAUGACAUCUUUAAGCCUUCACCUGGACAAGAGAAACCAAUCAGAACUGUGCUUACAAAGGGCAUCGCUGGCAUUGGGAAAACAGUCUCUGUGCAGAAGUUCAUUCUGGACUGGGCAGAUGGAAAAGCCAAUCAGGACAUUGAUUUCAUCUUCACUCUUCCUUUCCGAGAUCUGAAUCUGAAAAAGAAAAAGGAGAGAGAAUUUAGUCUCAUGGAACUUCUGCAGCAAUACUAUCCACAACUGAAAGAGAUCAAAAGUUUUGAAGGUGAUGAAGUCAAAGUUGUGUUCAUCUUUGAUGGUCUGGAUGAGUGUCGACUUCCUCUAGAUUUCCAAAGCAAUGAGAUUUGCUGUGAUAUAACAGAGUCAUCAUCAUUGGAUGUGCUGCUGACCAACCUCAUUAAGGGGAAUCUGCUUCCCUCUGCCCUCCUCUGGAUCACCUCCCGACCAGCAGCAGCCAAUCAGAUCCCUCCUGAGUGCGUCCACCAGGUGACAGAGGUACGAGGAUUCAAUGACCCACAGAAGGAGGAGUACUUCAGGAAGAGAAUCAUAGAUCGGAACAAGGCCAGCAAAAUUAUCUCACACAUAAAGUCAUCCAGGAGUCUCUACAUCAUGUGUCACAUACCAGUCUUCUGCUGGAUUUCUGCCACUGUACUGGAGACAAUGUUGGGUAAAGUAGGCAAUAGAAAAAUGCCCAAAACUCUGACUGAAAUGUACACACACUUCCUGCUCAUUCAGACUAAUGUGAAGAAUGAGAAGUAUCAUGGCACCAAUGAGACAACCCCAAAGAAAAUGUCAGCAUCAAAUACAGAAAUCAUCCUGAAACUGGGGCAGCUGGCUUUACUACAGCUGGAAAGGGGCAAUCUGAUAUUCUAUGAAGAGGACCUGAGAGAGAGUGGCAUUGAUGUCAGUGAAGCUUCAGUGUACUCUGGGGUGUGCACAGAGAUCUUUAAAGAGGAGUGUGGGUUGGAUCAGGAGAAGGUCUACUGCUUUGUGCAUCUGAGCAUUCAGGAGUAUCUGGCUGCCUUGUUUGUGUUUCAUUCAUGUGUGAAUGAGAACAGAAAUGUACUCAGAGCAGAAGAAUCAAAACCUCGCAGUGACAGAGUGCAGCUGUCUGAGUUACACAGGACUGCAGUGGAUCAGGCCUUAGAGAGUAAGAAUGGACACCUGGACCUUUUCCUCAGAUUCCUUCUAGGCCUCUCUCUGGACUCCAUUCAGACUCUAUUAGGAGGAAUACUGACACAGACAGGAAGCAGAUCAGAGAGCAUUGAGAAAACAGUAUUGUACAUAAAGGAGAGGAUCAAAAAAGAAUCUUCAGCAGAGAGGACCAUAAAUCUGUUCCACUGUCUCAAUGAACUGAAUGACAACUCUCUAGUGGAGGAAAUCAAAAAGUUCCAGAGAUCAGGAAUACUCUCUAAUGAAAAGCUGGAACCACACCAAUGUUCAGCCCUGGCCUUUGUGUUACUGAUGUCAGAGAAGAUCCUAGAUGAGUUUGACUUGAAGACCUACAAAACAUCAGCAGCAGGUCAUCAGAGACUGCUACCAGUACUCGGGAACUGCAGGAAGGCCAUACUGAACAGCUGUGACCUCACAGAGAAGUCCUGUGAAAUUGUGGCCUCUGCUCUUCAGUCAUCAAACUCACCCCUGAGAGAUCUGGACCUCAGCUACAAUAACCUGGGAGAUUCAGGAGUGGAGCUGCUCUGUGCUGGACUGAUGAGUCCAAACUGUAAACUACAGAGACUGGACCUCAGCCACAAUAACCUGGGAGAUUCAGGAGUGAAGCUGCUCUGUGCUGCACUGAUGAGUCCAAACUGUAAACUACAGACACUGGGGUGAGUAGUGCUGUGUACUGUGUGACCUUAACUAAAUAGAAUUAGUGAUUAUGGAUCUGUGCAGUGAAAUAUAGGGUUGCCAGGUUUGUGGUUCCUGACCAUAACAUAGGGUUUCAGUGGAGUCUGUAGUAUCAGGUCACAGGUGAUGACUGAAUGCUGAAUGCAUGAUUGACAUUGUAAAAUAUUGACCACUUCAGUACAGUAAUAUGUUUCACGUCUAUCAUAACAUAACAAAAAUAACAUAACAUAAUGACGAGAAUAGGCCAUUCAGCCUGACAUGCUCGCCAUUUUCCUACCUACCACUAGUGCUUGGUUUACCUACAAACUAGAUAGUAUCCAGCAUCGUAUCAAGCCCGGUCUUGACAACCCCCAGAGUUUCUGCCUCUACUACAUGACAUGCGCCAAGCUAUUCUACACAGUGACUACUCUCUGUGUGAAAAAAUACUUCCUAACGUCGGUGCGGAAUUUACCUUUUGCUAAUUUCCUUUUAUGCCCCCUCGUCAUACUAACAGAGCUGAACCUGAAGAAUCUCUUGUAGUUCACUUUGUUGAUCCCCUUUAUGAAUUUAAAAGACUCAAUCAAAUAACCCUGAGUCUACUUUUACUAAGCUUGAAGAAGUUAAGCAUCUGAAGUCUUUCCUCAAAACUUUUAUCUUUCAUACCAGGAACCAGUUUGGUUUCCCUUCUUUCUACCUUUUCCAGAUCCUCUAUAUCUUUCUUGUAGUACAGUCCCCAGAACUGCACACAAUUCUGUAAGUGUGGUCUGACAAAGGUAUUGUAUAAAAUAAGUAUAACUUCCUUGGAUUUACAGGGCUCCAGACUAACUUUUUACAUUGGAUGCACUGGUGCGCCUAACUUUUUCAUUUAGGUGCACCAGCACAUAAUUUAGUUAGACCCAAAAUUUUUCACCGUGCCUUUUGGCAGCAUAAUAAUACAUUUUAAGUGUUACCUUUUUUGUCAGUUCCCAUACACAUUGGUAAUUUCUUAACACAUUAUGUAAAUGAUUGUAAACAGGAAUAAAGGUGCAGAUAAAUGUUUUCUCUUUAUUUAAUUCACAGCACAAACAAGAAAAUGCAAUAACCUCAAUUGUUUAAAAAAGAAACUUAAAAAGUGCUGAUGUUUAAAGUGCUUGACAAACUCAAAUAAAUAAAUCAAACUCAAAUAACUCAAAUAAAAGUGUUCGCUGCUCCCGGAGGAGUACAGGGCGCGGUUUCACACAUACACACUAGUGAUGCGCGGAUCGGCUCUGACGUCAUCCGAAUCCGCAUGUAUGCAUAAAUCAUCCACCCGAACAAAUUUUUUUCUCCGAUUUAGAGACCCGCACCCGAUCACACAUUACCGCUAUUUCUCAUUAUUUCACAGCUGUUGCAUAUGACAUACCCACACUUGACUCGUCAUUCACUAAAUCGCUCCCACACGGAACUUUUCUGCCCUUCCUUUUUUUAAUUCUCCUUUUUUAUUUUUCUCUCUGAUUUUUUUUGCCUCCAUUGCUGCUUAAGACAAAUGGACGCCGCAAUUGGCACAACGAGAGUCUAGUCUGCUAAUUCACGCCUGACGAAAAAUGAAGCUUAAAAUAUGUUCACAUUGUAGAGAAUGUAAUUAAUAUUUUCCUCAUUAAUGAUGUAUUAUUUCACCCACCCACAACCCAUCCGCUAUUAAUCAGAAUGUUAUUUUUUAUGACUCGGCCCACCCGAUCCGCAGAUUAACCGUGGUGCCCGCGGAUAUAACUGCGAUCCGCACAUCACUAAUACACACAUGCCUUAUUUUUUUCCACACGCAUUCAGCGAAGAAGAAUAUCAGGGUCAGAGCCAAUCAGAGGCAGAGUAGGGGCGGGUCUUCGCAGAAUGCGGGUGGGAAAAAAAUAAUGCUACACACACAGAGAGACAGACCUGCUAAAUGUCAGGUGCACCGGUGCGACCAAUGAAAAUGUUUAGUCGCACUUGACAGAUUUUUGGUUGCAUGUUCACCCAAAAUGGUCGCACUUUGGAGCCUUGAUUUAUACUCACUGCUAUCCUAGCAUCCUGUUGGCUUCUUUACUGCAACAGCACAGUGCUUAGAACCUGAAAGGUUUUGAUCAACUAUUACUCCCAAAAUUGAGCACAUUCCAAUGUCGUUCCUCCCAUAAAGUAAUCUAGCCUGAUGUUUUUAUUUCCCACAUGUAGAUCUUUACAUUUGCAAGGUUUUCACCGACUUCUGGAUUCACUUCUGCCGUAUAUUGCAGUCUUCAUCCAUCCCCAUUAUUCACUACCUGCUCUGCACUCUAAUGAAAUCCAUAUUUACACUAGAGCUACCGGGGUUACUGCAUUACCGUGGAAACGCAGUCAUGUGUUGACGACAGGGAAACUUAAUGCUACAGGGCAUAGGUGGCUUGCUGCCCUAGCCACAUACGAUUUUGAAGUAUAAUAUCGCCCUGAGAAGGUCAAUGUUGAGGCUGAUUUGCUUUCCCGAAACUGGACACACUGAGACGUGGAGAAACCUUUCACAGGGUGAUGUGAAGGCGAUUUGUGGUUGUGUGCAUGUGCAGGAGUCUAGUGACAGUGAUGUGCACUUGGCAGACAAACUAGGUGUUCCAGCAGAAGGCGUUCCUGAGCUGUAUGCUUUUGCAACUCAUCUCAAUUUGGGUCAGCUAGAACAGUUCACCCGAGAAGACUUGCGAGAAGCGCAGCUAGAGGACAGUGUUCUCAGAGUAGUUAGAGAGGCUUUGAACACAGGUCAGUGGCCGGCAAACUAGAGCUGCCGCGGUUACUGCAUUACCGUGGUAACGCAAUCACGUCACGUCCACCGCAGAGUCAAGCUGAUCACCGCUUCACCGCUGGGUUUUGUUUUUUUCCUGUUUAUUUUAGGCCAAUUGUUUAUGUUCCAAUUUUUACUUGUAAAAGUUGUGAUCUGAAAUAAAUGCAAUGCAAUUUUUAAAAUAA